AUGGAUCUUGCUGAGAGAUACCAGUUUUAUUUGAAUCAACUUCCAAUUUCGAAUGAGACAUCGAUGAGUACGCAGCUCUUCUACAACUGCACAUUGCCACAGUUUGGUUCCAUGUGUCAAUAUUCGAUUGAUGAUUAUGAUCCUCUUCAAUCAUCAUUGAAUGAAAUCAUUUAUCAAUUUUAUUCGCACCAAUAUGAACCGACUACAUUUACAUGUUACGUCCAUUUACAAUGUGAUCGUGGUCCAACUCCGUCCUGUCUCGACUGGAGUGAAAUUUGUGAUGGAAAAAUUGAUUGCAUGGAUGGAGGACGUGAUGAAGAAUACUGCUGGCAACUUGAAAUCAAUGAUUGUGAAAAUAAUGAAUAUCGAUGUACUAAUGGACAAUGUAUACCAUAUGAAUUCUUUCGUGAUGAUUCCCUUGUUCCUGAUUGUCUUGAUGGAUCCGACGAAGUUUCAAUAUUUAAUGAGAAACUUGCCUACUGCUACAAAAGCGAACCAACGUUUGCAUGCGAAGAUAUUUUAUGUAUGACGAAUCUUCAAUAUCUUAAUAGUCCUUUGACGAGCUCAUGUGUGAAACAACGUAGUGAUUUGCUUUUAAAGACGAUGUUUCUGGAUAAAUCAGAUUCAAUAUCUCAUUCCUGUUGGUUGAUACUAAUAUGCGUUCUUGAUAUUCAUCCUACAUUGAUAAACAAUAUGUGUUUGUCAUUUUGUGCAACUCAAGCAUGCGAAAAAAUAAUUGAACAAACCUGUCCAGAUAUGCUUUAUGUACCAGCAGUUCCAAUUUUGUUUAGUCAAGUUUACAUUGCAUACACAAACAAGAAUAUACAUUUCUCAUAUUGGUUAGAAAAUAAACCUCACUACAUUUGUUUUAGUGGUCAACUCUGCAGUCAAUAUUUCGUGAAAUAUCAAUAUAUCAUAUUUAACAAUACUAAAUGUUAUCGCCCUGAGGAUUUAAAACUACGUCUUUCUUCAGGAAAAGGUACUUGGCUCCAACUUUAUGUUACACCUAUAUUCCAAUUGCUGCAUACAUGCUAUGAAAUGAUAACUAAUGAUUCAGCACUGUGUAAUAGAUCAACUAUGUAUCAAUGUAUAAACUCAUCUAAAUGUAUCUCUCGAAAUCGUCUAAAUGAUGGCAUUAUAGAUUGUUUUUAUCAUGAUGAUGAGCAAUUUUAUAUGGUCAAUAAUACUUGUUUAUUAGAACGAUUCGAAAAACAUUUCAAAUGUACAAAAGGCAAUCAAUGUAUUUCUCAGCGGCUUGUCAAUGAUGGCGUGUGUCAGUGUGAUGAAUAUGAGAAUGGAUUAUGUGAUGAUGAAUUUUCCGAUGUUGACUAUGCUCGAAAUCAUAUUUCCUUUCAGACAAUAUGCGAUGGUUUUACUGAAUUGAUACAGAUGACUAUUGAUGGAAGAAAUGAAACAGAUGAAACAGAAUGCGAACAAUGGCAAUGUAAUAAUACAUACACACGCUGUGAUGGUUUUUGGAAUUGUCUCAAUGGAGCCGAUGAAAUCGAUUGUAAUUCAUUACCAUUAUUAGAUUGUCCUCUUCACUAUCACAUUUGUGUAUCAUCUGAAACGAGACAACUUACAUGUCUAUCAAUCGAAAAAGCUAAUGAUGGCAAAAUAGAUUGUCUUGGUGCCACUGACGAACCCAGACUGUGCCGAAAAAAUCAUUAUUUAGCUGUUGACAAUAAUUUUUACUGCAAGAAUGACAGCCAUACAACAUGCAUUUUUUCUGAAGAUCUCUGUGAUCGUUUGGACAAUUGCAAAUAUGGAGAUGAUGAACAAAUAUGCGACGAGAGUCGAAACUUCACAAGUGAUAGAAGUGUUUGUUUAGAUGAUUUUGCCGAGAUGAGGUCUGAUGUCGAAAAGUUCCUUUGUGGACGACUAAGAGAUACAGCUAAACAACAGAUUGUGCACUUUUCACUCGGAAUUAAUCGAAACUGGACUACUAACACAACAAAAUCAAAUGAAAAAAAGAUUCAUUCACAUUCAUUUAGUCGUCAAACUAUUCAACGUUGUCAUCGCGGUUUUGAGUUACGAGUCUGGUUAGACAAACAAAAGAAUAUCACAACAACAACAUGUCUUUGCCCACCAAGUUUCUAUGGUGACAUGUGCCAAUACCAAAAUCAACGCGUAAGUCUCACCGUGCAAUACAGAGCUUUAUCUGAUGCGUGGCGGACACCAUUUGUUCUUGUUGUCAUGCUUAUCGACGAUAGCGAUGAACGAACUAUACAUUCUUAUGAACAGUUCACUUAUCUACCAAUGCGAGAUUGUCAAAUCAAAUUCAAUUCUUAUUUGCUCUAUGCAACACGGCCAAAAAAUCCGUCAAAAAACUAUUCAGUACAUAUCGAUAUCUAUGAAAAGUUCUCUUUAACUUAUCAUGGAAGUUGGCUAUUGCCAUUGAAAUUUCCAUUUUUGUCCGUGCAUCGUCUUGCUGUUCAAUUAGAUAUACCACACAGUCUUGAUAGUACCAAAAUUUGUUCAGAUCGACAGUGUAUUUAUGGACAUUGUGUCAGGUAUUCGAAUAAUCAGGAUGGUUCUACUUUUUGUCAAUGCAAUCACGGUUGGUCUGGACGAUACUGUACAAUCCCACACACUUGUACGUGUUCAUAUGAUUCUCUAUGUGUUGGUAUAUUAGCUAACAAUCGAUCUUUGUGUGUUUGUCCGAUUAAUCGAUUCGGUCCUCGAUGCUUGCUCGACAAUAAAUUGUGUGAACUCGAUCAAAAUACGACAUGUCUCAAUGGUGGGCAAUGCAUUCCAAUUGAUGAACAUAUUGUAUCUAAAAACAAAUUCUCAUGUAUCUGCUCAAAAGGUUUUUCUGGAGAUAGAUGUGAAAUAGCUGAUAGUAAAAUCAUUGUUUCAUUUCACAAAAAUAUUCCUCUUUCACAAGCAAUGCUUGUACAUUUCAUUCGAGUGAUCGAUAAUGCUCCAACUGAACGUGCGACUACUUUCAAAACAAUUCCUGCUCAUCAAAACUCAAUUAUUAUUUAUUGGUCACGCCCAUUUCAUCUUGUCUUUGUCGAACUCUUUAACAAAAGUUACUAUUUAGCUGCUAUUCAGAGAACAUUCUAUCCAUCAACAACAAUUGUUAGAAAAAUCAAUUCAUCGAAUCGUUGUGAACACAUAAACGAGCUAUUUAAUGAAACAAUCAUCAAAUUACACCUUCUUCGUCGUAUCAAAUAUUAUCAUGUUCCAUGUCAACGACAUUCACCAAAGUUAUCUUGUUUUUAUGAUGAUAUUCAUCUUUGUUUAUGCAAUAAUCAUGGCUCACAUCGUGUGGCUAACUGUUUUGAAUUUGAUCAUCAUAUGAAAAGUGAUUGUCUUGGUCGCAGUGGUUGUGAAAAUGGAGCUCAAUGCUUUCAAGAUAGUUCAACUUGUGCACAAACAUCGAUUUGUGUAUGCCCAGCUUGUUUCUAUGGAGUACGAUGUCAAUUUAGUACCAGUGGCUUUGGUCUUUCACUCGAUGCGAUUUUGGGUUAUCACAUUAUACCACAUCGCAGCAUCAUACAUCAGUCAUAUGCUGUACAAAUUAGCGCAGUUUUGACUGUUAUCAUGGUUAUAGUAGGACUGAUCAAUGGUGUUCUCACUUUGAUCACUUUUCAAAGUAAAAAAUUACGUGCAGCCGGUUGUGGUUCGUAUCUGAUAGGAUCAUCGAUUACUACUCUACUGACAAUGACUCUGUUUGGUAUCAAAUUUUGGUUACUUGUGAGUUCACAAAUGGCACUGACAAUCAAUCGACUCUUCUUAUAUGUACAAUGCCUAUUGAUAGACUUUCUUCUGCGCAUUUGUCUCAGUAUGGAUCAAUGGUUAAAUGCAUGUGUGGCUGCCGAGCGCGCAACAACUGCUGUAAGCAAAGUUAAGUUUGACAAGAAGAAGAGCAAGACAGUAGCUACAUAUGUGAUUAUUGCUCUUCUUGUUCUGACAAUAAGUACAGCUAUUCAUGAUCCUAUUCAUCGACGCCUUUUUGACGAUGAGGAUGGUGAAGUGAAACGAAUCUGGUGUAUUGUGACUUACAAGUCCAGCUUUCAACUCUUCAAUUCGGUUACUUACCUCUUUCACUUUUUUAUUCCACUUUUCAUCAAUCUAAUCUCGGCUCUAAUCAUCUUGAGAUCAAAUACUAGACAAAAAGCUAUCGUUUAUCCUCAUCAUACUUAUCAACAGCUGUUGCGGCUACAAUUUCAUCAACACAAUCGUCUGAUUAUAGCUCCAUUUGUCUUGGUCAUUCUUGCUUUUCCGCGUGUGGUCCUUUCUUUUGUUUCCGGUUGUAUGAAAUCAACUCAUGAUUCAUGGUUAUUCCUUAUCGGAUAUUUUGUUUCAUUCAUCCCACCGAUGGUCACAUUUUUAGUUUUCAUUUUACCGUCAAAAUUAUAUAAAGAAGAGUUUCGCAAGACUGUCAGUCGCUACUGGAGGAUGAUAUAA